CGCGCGAGGGCUCUCAGACUAUAUAAGUCACAAGAACCCCCGCUUACCACAGCGAGAAUCUGCAGCUGAAAGUUGUGUCGUUGCUUCGCUCGGAGUUUAAGGCGAAAUAUCUCAUUAACUGUGGUUAAUAUAUAUAUUAUUAACUAUUCACACCUUCACAUAGAGCCAUCAGUUCCAUAAGUGUACAGAUAAUUAGGCCUUGUGUUCUGAGUGUCUCCUGAAUCCUCCUGUUUGUGUACUAUGACGUUAGCCACCGUGCUAACCGAGAGUUACCUCAGUGACGGUUAGCUGCUCGAGCUGAAACGACACUUACCACAUUGUCAAGGCUCUUUUUCCCCUUUUUUUAUUCCGGUAUCGCUUUAAAGAGCGCUUUUUAUCUACGCAGGACUGCUUGGUGUUGGUGGAUUAUGAAUUAUUCAUGAGCGCGAGGAGAAUGUGACGCUGGGAGGCGGGGUUUCAUGCGCAGGGAGGCGGAGCCAAACGACAGGAAAAUAAAGGUCCUUCGAUGCUCUCUAACACUGCACUGAUUAGAAGAUGAUAGAAAUGUCAGUUGAUAAAGAGACUGUUUUACCGAAUGAACAGCCUGUGUAUCCAUUUGCACCCCAACAACAGCCAGAACUUUCAGAAAAUUGUACUGAAAAUCCUCAGCAGCCUGCUGAAAUGAUCACGCUUACGAAGGAAGAUUGCACUUGUAACCUUGAUAAGGAGAAUGGAAAGGCCAUCAGGGAUGAUGUAGUCACCGCAUCAGACUCUGUGACACAAAACCAAGAUGGCAUCCAGAAUCCUAAGCCUCAUCAGCAGAGACCCAACAAACGUCGGAGUACGUUAAGCAGUGGAUUUAAGCAUCCCAUGUUCGGGAAACGUCGUCGCCGUGCCAACUCUGAGAGCGAGUCUGUCCUGCCCACCAACUUCCUGCUGGGCGGGAACAUCUUUGACCCACUCAACCUCAACAGCUUAUUAGACGAGGAGGUGAACAGGGCUUUGAACGCAGAGACGCCAAAAUCUUCUCCGCUGCCAGCUAAAAGCCUGGAUCCUGUUGAGAUCCUGAUUCCAAGGGACAUCACAGACCCGCUGAACCUGAACGGCUGCACCAGAGGGGACGCAGGUAUUGUUCUUACUCCUUUUAAAAGCGGUGGGGGACGAAGGAGACACCGGAACCGGCAUCAUGGAGGGAUAGCAGCAAGAGGAGGUGUAGGAAGAGAGAGAGAAGUUGUAGUAGGAGGUUCAGAAGGAACAGGAAGUAUAGAUAGCUUAGGAGGAGGUGAAGGGGUGGACUUAGAGCUCAACCAAUCAGAAAGGUGUUUAGUGUCAGAAUCCACAUUAGCACCUUCAGGGAUUAAUCCUCAAAACAGUCCAGAUUCCAGCACGCUUAUAAAAGAUGAAGCAACCGAGUCCAACUUUCCUCCAAAACAGGAAGUUCAUGAGGAAAAAGACAGCACGCAGACUCCCGUGACGCACACGUCACACCGGCAACGCAAACGGAGGCGCAGCAGCAGCAGAUCGGAGAACGCCGGCGGCCCAAAUUGGUAUAAGAACCGCAUGACCGAGCUGGAUUCGGCACAGCAACCUCCUCCCAACCAGCGGGGGCAGCCAAGGAACAACCACAAACUGAACCCAAGAAACUGCAAUCAGCAAAAACCAAACCAGCAGCAGAAGAAGUUUCAGUAUGGAAACUACAACCAGUACUACGGUUACAGGAACCCAGGCGCCAGCGAGGAUGUGAGGAUCCGGGUCUUUAAACCAGAAUGGUUCCAAGGGAAGGAAGUCCUGGAUUUAGGCUGUAACACUGGUCACAUGACUCUUACUAUAGCUAAGACCUGGAGACCGGCACGCAUUGUUGGUUUGGAUAUCGACGGCGCGCUGAUCCAUGCGGCGAAACAAAACAUCCGGCAUUAUCUCUCGGAAGUGCACAUGCUCCAGGCGAGAAAAGAGCGGAACGAGGACGAUACAGACAACGAUAAGCUGGAAAAGACAAAGAUAGGAGAAGAAGAGGACGAGGACAAAGAGACACAAUCUGAAGGUACUGGAGAGAGAGACAGAUCGGAGGAGGGAGAGGAUCAGAUUGACCAGAUCAACCAAUCGGUAUCAUCCAAAAGGAAUCGUUUAUUUCCUGUUUCUCUUUGCGUCUCCCGAGGACCAAUCGCCGCUCCUCCUCUCCCCAACACAUCCACACUACCUCCUGGGAAUUUUCCCUCCAACGUCACUUUUGUGAGGGGGAACUACGUAUUGGACAGUGAUGUGUUGUUAGAGACUCAGCGUGAGGAGUUUGAUGUGAUUCUGUGUCUGAGUGUCACUAAGUGGAUUCACCUGAACUGGGGUGACGUUGGGCUGAGACGCUUCUUCCAUCGUGUGUAUCGUCACCUUCGCCCCGGUGGACUCUUCAUCCUCGAACCCCAGCCCUGGAGCUCCUACAGCAAGAGGAAGAAGCUGACGGACACAAUCUAUAAAAACUAUUUCAGCAUCCAGCUGAAGCCGGAGCAGUUCUCCUCCUUCCUGACCAGCGAGGUGGGGUUCUCCAGCUACGAGCUCCUUGGAACUCCUAACAGUUCAUCACGAGGUUUUCAGAGAGCGAUCUACCUGUUUUACAAAGGCCCUGCUCCUCGACAGUGAGCUCUCCCCACCCUCGAGCUUGAGGAAGCUGUUCUGUUAAACGUGUUCAUCACUUCCUCCUGAGCCACAAACACAGACUGAGACUGAAACGUGUGAUUUUUGUUCUUUGUGUUUGUGGGGGAAAAAAUGCAAAAAAGAUUUUGUGGAGUUUUUUUUCUUUUUGUUUUUUCCCUCUUAGCUGUUUAAUAUUUGGUUGUUUUGGCUGUAAGAAGGUUCAAGGUUUGUGCUGAUGCUCAGUCACUCAUUGUAUCCUCAGAUCUCUGGCUUGGUUUUAGAUAAUAAACCUCCUUGGACCCCCUGGCACUUUCUGUCCCUUUAAAAGACUAAACACAAAUGUAUAAUUUCACCCUCAUGAUCAGCGACCGAAUGUUUCCCAGUUAACAGUAACAUCACCGAGUGGUCAGGAGUCACUUUCUGCUGUCGUCCUGUUUCAUCCAACUCUUUUGAUCUAAACGUUUGAUCUCAAACCACAAACAGCUUGAAAGGUUUUUUCCCACUUUGUUACAGAAUCCGAAGUGCAAAGUCUCAACCUCCAUCAUGUCAUUUAAUGGAUCAGUUCAUUAAAUUAUCCUACAUGUUUAUUCCUCUUCACAGACGAGGAUUAAAAUCGAGUCUGUUGUUAAACACUGAGCGUAUAAAUGGAUGCGAGUGCAGAAGAGAAAUGUUGUGUGAAAUCCCCCUUUUUUUAUGUCUUCAACCUGACACGAGUCUCUGAGAUCAUAAUAAAAACCAGGGAGACGGGACGGAACUCCUCGUCUUCUCUCUCCUACUCAAGUUACUUUGAGUCUUUAAGCGAGGUAUUAAAUCCUUAAUGGAUCAGUUGAAUGUUGUAUUAAAGCUAUAAAAAAACACAUCAUUGUAAUACUGCAUAAUAAACUGAAUUUUGAUUCAA